UUAGUUUGUUCUUCAUUGUGCCGCUUUGUAACCCUGAGUGGGCGAUCAUUGUAGUGUCUGUGAAGUCCACGACGUGCGGUACAGAUCGUGAAAACAACGCUACUUACACACCAUCACGGUGUGUGCUGAGCCAGAGCAAUCAGGGAGUGGAUAGCUAGAACAGUAGAAGCAGUUACUGUUUCGUGUUUGAGUCUGACUUCUUCGACAGCCAUAGCAUAGUGUUGGAGUGAAUAGAGAAUAUUUUGUUUGUAUCAGAUCAGGGAUCCAGCCAAGUCAAAGUCACACUCAUACUCUUGCCUAGUGUAGUGGCGGUCUUGUGUAUUCUACUGCACCUGCCAACGUCGAGAGGCUUAGCAGUCGCAGAGUGAGUGAACGUUCACCGAUCUAACUAUCGAUUGCAGUGUACAGUCUGGUCCCCCUAUCUGUGGCCAACAGCAGCAGCAGGAACAGCAACAGCAGGAGAACGGCAGCAGCAGUAGCAGCAGCAGGAACAGCACCAAAAUACAAUUUGCAGCGACAGCAGCUACUGCAAUACUAAUAGUUGUUAGCGAAUAUACCUGGCGUGUCGUCGGCGGUGUCGGCACUUGCAGAGGUAUGGCGUCAUCCUAUCAUCAGGAAGCUCUGAGAAAGCAGCGUGCUGUGGAUAGAGCGUAUCAAGCUAGAAUGCGACUGGAAGCACAGAUGAGAGAGCAGAGUCGGUUGACAUCCCCGGCAUUGCGUCCGGCUGCACCAGUACCAACUGAAGAAGGUGAAGAAAGCGAUGAAGACAACAUCGGACAGCUAGCUACACAUUCUCGCCACUGUGAUUCCGAAAGAGGCACUCGAACAUCAUCACAGAACGGGUCACGGCAAGGAAGCAGGACAUCAAGUCGCACCACCACCAACAGCAGCAGCAGUUCUCGCUCAAGUCACACUGGAGACCGGAACGGCCGAUCGUCCUCCGGCAGCCGUAACGCCAGUCGGCAAGGCAACGGAAUCCGGCAAUCGCCAGUGGCAACGCUGAGCCCGGAUGCACUGGUGGAGCGUGACCUUCGGAAGAGUGAGCUGCUUCUCCGUGACAACAACCUUGUUAUGGGGCGUGUGAACCCCAAGGAGGCCCUUCUCGCUGAUUACUGACCUGUUUUUAAAACAACACUGUGCUUUGCCUCGAUCAUUCCCAGGUCUUAUGUCACUGGGUGGUGAUGAGUGUCUUGUGUCACUGGGUGGUGAUGAGUGUCUUAUGUCACUGGGUGGUGAUGAGUGUCUUAUGUCACUGGGUGGUGAUGAGUGUCUUAUGUCACUGGGUGGUGAUGAGUGUCUUGUGGACGAUGAUACGUCCGACACUCUGCAUGCGUGUUUAGCACCUGGUCCGCUACAGUUCUUCUUUGCUGCACAAACACAUUAUGUGUGCAGGUGUGUGCACGCGCGCACACGUUUGUGUGUGUGUGUGUGUGUGUGUGUGUGUGUGUGUAUGUCUGUAUGUCUGUGUGCGCGUGUGUGUUUUGCGUAUUUCCCCCAGCUCGUUCCGUGCUUGCUCUCUACCUGCAUCCCCCUGUUGAGCUCUACCUCUGCUCUGUCUUCAUGCUUUCUGUCUCUGCUCGGUCUGCCUCUGCUCUCUCUGCCUCUGCUCUCUCUGCCUCUGCUCGGUCUGCCUCUGCUCUGUCUGCCUCUGCUCUCUCUGCAUAAUGUUCUCUGUCUGCCUCUGCUCUCUCUGCAUAAUGUUCUCUGUCUGACUUCUUUCUGUUUCUGUUCAACUUUACCUCUGCUCUGCCUGUUCUACCGUGAUCUCUGUUCUGUCGGCACGUUCUCUGCCUGUACUCUA